CCAAAUUUUGAAAAAAGUUCUUGCAAUUGACUCUAGAUAAAUAAUAAACAUAAAAAUAAUCUUUUUUUCAACCGAAUAAUCUACUUCAUCAUAAUUUGUUGGUAAAUUUUUAACAAUAAUACUAUUAACACGUCUGUGAAAUUAAAUUAUAGUAAAGAAAAUAAAUUAUAUAUUGGAAAUCAAUAUUUCUAUUUACCUUGCUAAAUCAUUCAUGGUUAGAGAUUGUUUCUAUAUGAUGUAAAAUUGGGGAAAAACGAUGUUAAAUUUACUACGAUAGAAGUGCAUACAUAUACGAUCGAGAAAAAUACAUAAAGAAACGAUCAAUAAACGGAUUGGUUAGAUCUUAUCAAACCAAAUGAAUCAUAAUAGACUUUAUGAAAAAAAUAAAACGAAAGAAACAACAAUAAUAAUAAAUACAUAACACACAUGUUUCGUUGUUAUUUGAGCUUCGUUUAUAACGUAACAUCUGACUACAAUACUCGUCAGUCUUUUUUCAAGGCAAACCAACUAACGACAGCUGGUGGUCUGUCUUAUGUAAAUCACAAAAGAAGCCACAAAUAAUUGACAGACACAUUUUAAAUAUAUUCUUGCUUGAAGAGACUCAUGAAAACGAGAAACAUUAAUAGAUUUUUCUUGAUAAAAAUAUAUACAUAGAUAAAAGUCCAAAAUAUCAUUUCUUUUUUUUAUUAUAGAUUAUUCGUUUCUCCUUGUUUUGAACAAGUAGAAUAUUUAACUAUGUCUUUCUUUAGUCGAUUAUUUAAACUUCGAAUAUUCAAAUUUCGCCAUACUCUUGCUGAAGAACUUGAAGAUCUUCAUACAGAAUCACUUCAUUUACAGCAAGUAUUAACUCAGACACGUCUCCAACAACGCAUAUGGACGAAAUGGUUUGCUAUCUAUGCUAUACUCGCAUAUUUAGCUUUGAACGUCGUUUAUUUUACUUUAUUCCUUUCACAUGAGUAUCUAAUUCGUACUUAUGCAAUCAUGAUCUCUGUAACAUUGGGAGCAUUACUUUAUGGAAUGUAUUGGCUUCUUUGUUGGUAUUUUCGAACAAUGAUUCAUAUGAAAGAGGAUCGAUUAGCAUUAUUCAAAGAUCGAAAACAAGAAUUGAUUGAAGAGGUGAAAACUAAAGAAACAUAUGCAGUAGCUAAAAGUCUCUUAGAAAAAUAUGGCGAAACAAUUACACCUGCAGUUCAACCAUCAGCAACCGAAGCUGCUAAUACAAAUGUUCGUCCACGUGUAUCAGUUCAACCAACAACAGCUGGUGCAAAUAAACCACCUGUUUCUGUUACACCACCUAAUAUCGGUAGAUUAGAAUCAAGUAAUACACAAACACCAAUGAGUGGUGGACCCAUUCGUCCAACAGUGGGUGCUACACCUGGCAAAUUACCGCGGGCAAUUUUACCACCACAACGAACAUUCUGGGGAGCAAUUCUCGAUGUUAUUGUAGGUGAUGGUCCAUCAAAACGCUAUGCAUUAAUCUGUAAAUCCUGUAAUAGUCAUAAUGGCAUGGCACUGGAAGAAGAAUAUGAAUAUUUAUCUUUUCGUUGUGCCUAUUGUAAUUAUUUUAAUAGUGCUCGUAAACAAAAACCGGUCUUUCAUGGUGAUAUUGUUGCUCAUGAUCCACAACCAGCAGCAGCAACAACAGUAAGUCAAACACAAGCUGAACCAACAGUUACACGUACAGACUUAUCAUCUUCAGAAUCAUCUGAUGCAAACGAAGAUAACAAAUCGGCAGGUACAGAAUCCAAUGUAGUACGACGAUCAAUUCGUGUUCCAGCGUCAGAAAAUACCAAUGAAUCUCGAUCUCGUUCGUCAUCCAUUGAAAAUCAACGAGAACAACAACAUUCAGCAUUAUUAUCGUCAUCAGAAGAAGAAGAAAAUAAACGAAAAGACAACUAA